CACUGAAAAUUUUAAACAGUAUAUUCUAAGUUGUCUGUGGUUAUUAUUUGCUUUUGAAGUUUCUGAUAACGAUAUAUUUGCUAUAGGUUACUGCUUCCACAAUGAAAAGUGUUUUCCAUGCGAUUCUUCUCGCUCAAGUCCUUCUUGUUCAUUCCACAAAUCCGGAGGUUUCUUGUGAAGCAACGAAGAAGAAAGUUACCCUAAUGAGCAGAGAUAAUGUAUUUUUCACGAAGACGCAACCGCUUGUGAUUGGCCACCGUGGAAACCCAAAGAUAUUUCAAGAGAACACGCUCGAAGGCUACAAAAGCUUACUUGACUUGAAUGUUGACGGAUUUGAGACGGAUAUUUUCUUAACGAAGGAUAAUAACUUGGUUCUGUUUCACGAUGUGAAAACCGAAAAGUUGACCGGAGUGAACCAUAACAUCAUGGAAAUGAAUUAUGACGAAAUCGAGAAACUUAGUAUUAAGAAGGAACUUAGAUAUGGCGAUCAAGUCUACACUUUCUCGAAAGUUGAAAAGAUUCCGCUGCUGAAAGAGUUGCUGAAGAUGAUGAAGGAUUCGGGUUUGUUAAUGAUUUUAGAAAUGAAACCGUCAAUGCCACCAUACAAUUUAACACACAGCAAAAGGACUGGUAUCAAGGUAGCAAAAAUGGUUCAGGAAAUGGGAAUAGAGAAACAGGUUGUCCUUAGCUCAUUUGAUCCAUUUAAAAUAUAUCACGCACGCAAGCAACUGCCCAGCUUGAACACUUGCUUUCUACAUCGAAAAGACUAUUGGGAUGAUGUAAUGUUCGCGUCGUUAAUGAAAGCAGAUUUGGAAGAGCUAGAAGGUUUCAAAGAUUGUGCUAAAAAUGUUCCCCCCCUUGAAUUGGGUAAAUUUACACUGGAGAAUCCUACUUUAGCCAAAGCUAUUGGUGCAUCAAGUCUUGAUAUGAGCUACGAGAUGUAUAAUAAUCCUAGAUACUCCAACAAGACCUACGACAUGUUCAAGAACAACUAUGGAACCCAGUUUAGUUACGGUGCGUGGACCAUUUAUAAGAUGAGUCUUAAUGAAGUUCAACUUGAAGAAUCUGAAGAACAUGUAAAAAGUUUAAUCACAAACAACGCCGGGCGAUUGUACACAGAUGAUAUUCCAAGGUUGCUAAACAAACUAGGGCGUCCCGUGCACAGAAACUCUGCGCAACCAACUAAACUAUUUCAAACGCAACAUUACGUCGUUCUUGCUUUGUGUUUGUAUUUAUUUUUAUGAAAUCGUUAAGCUGGCACAUUAUUUUUCAUUGACAUCAUUCCACCUUGGUACCAGAUCUCUAGAAAAUUUUGUAAAAAUUGUGGUUUUACUAGCAAUGAUAAUAUUUCAUCGUGUAACAUGGGUAGAAUCGUUCAAGUUUGGGAAGAAACAAAAAAGGAAGAAUCGCUUUUCAUCAAUGUAAUUUAAUGCACAAACAGGUUUUGACAGGAAAUUAUACCUUAUUCCGAAUAA